AUGAUUCCACAAAUGCCCUUCCGCUUCUAUGGCUCCCUCGAGGCCAGCUUCCUGACGGCUGCCGAGCCCACCUCUUAUGCCUACAGUCCUCGCUCCUCGGUCUACUCAUCAUCCACCGCUCUGUACAAGGAACACGGGCCCCAGAUCAUCGAGCCCCACCCUCCGACACGUCGUGCCGCAAGCGAGGACGGCCAGGCUGCAUCUGCCAGCGAGCCUGGCUCAAGCCAAGGGGAUGCCGCCGGCCAAAGCAAGGCCCCCUCCGAGCCUGCCUCGUCCCGUUCCUCGUCCCGCAACUCGUCCCGCAAUCCGUCGCCCAAGAGGGCUAUGAACGCUGACCUGCUGUCGUCCGCUCCGCGCAUGAACGCGACCCGCCUGAUGGGCUAG